UCGAGAGUAUAUCAAGAGUUCUUAAACUUUUUUCCGAAAUUUCAUUAUCGAAAUGACUGAUAAAGUAGAAUCACCAGCUGCGCCUGCAGUUGCAACUCCUAAAAAGGCUGCAGCUGCAAAGGCAAAAAAGCCACGCGCUAAAGCCAGUCAUCCACCAGCAUCCGAGAUGGUUAAUGCAGCCAUCGCAUCUUUGAAGGAAAGAGGUGGCUCUUCCCUGCAAGCCAUCAAGAAAUACAUCGCUGCCACCUACAAAGUCGAUGUCGAGAAGCAAGCCCCUUUCAUCAGAAAGUAUUUGAAAGCUGCAGUUGCCAAUAAGGCCUUGAUUCAAACCAAGGGAAAGGGUGCUGCAGGAUCCUUCAAAUUGAACGUCACCAAGGCUGAAGGUAAAACUAAGCCCAAGGCUAAGACUCCUGCUGCUAAACCCAAAGCUGCUGCUCCUAAGGCUAAGAAAGCAGCUUCUCCGAAAAAGGCUGUGGCAGCCAAGACCAAGAAAGCUGUUGCCGAAAAGAAGAAGACCCCGAAAGUUGCGGCAAAACCACCAAAGGCAAAAUCCACCGCUGCCAAACCUAAAACCACUAAAGCUGCUCCAAAAAAGGCAAAAGCUUCCCCGAAGAAAGCUGCAGCACCAAAAGCAAAAAAGCCCGCGGCAAAGAAGGUUGCCAAGAAGUAAGAAGGUGAAAAUGUUAUUCUUAUGACAUUUUCAAAGGAUGAUUGUAAACAAACGGCCCUUUUCAGGGCCACCACACGUUUUAUACGAAGGAAUUUGUUUUGAUCUUUUAAUCAUAAUUUACAGUUUAUUAUAAUAGAAUGUAUUAAUUUAUAUGUAGAAUGUUAUAAUUUUUUAAAUUUCCAUUUCAAGGUAAAUAUUAUACAAUAAAGUAAUUGUUAAAA